ACUUCUGUCAAGUCGUCAGUCUUCGACUCUGUAGUCGCCCCUUUCCUCCGACGUCGAGCCUUCGUCCCAAGUGAUCGUGGUCGAAUUUCCAGAGGCUAUCACAUUUUUAAUUAUUUCUUUAAUUAAUCAGUUCAGUGAAGUGUCCACUCGGCAUCUCUCCAAGAUACAGCCAACGCAAUGCCGAUGUUAACAUGCAGCAACGGCAACGGGGUAAAUUCGGCAGAGAGGGAAAACAGCUCCCCUGCGGAUUCUUUGCUUUCUGGAGAAGGAGAGCUCGUAGAAGAGCCCGGUGAUUCGCCGGAAACUCCAAGAGACACCGAAGAAGAAGCGACAUUGUCGGACGAAUUUUAUUCCCAUGACACGGACGACGAAGACGACCACAAGAGAAGAAGAGACCGAGCGAAUUCCCUAGACGGCAUUUCGACGACAUGCAGCAGGUUAGGGUCUCCUUCCCCUCGCCUUGGAAAUUCGGGGGUGCGGAAGUUGUUCACCAACAGCAGAGAACGAUGGCGGCAGCAAAACGUUAGUGGAGCUUUUGCUGAGCUCCGGAAAUUGGUGCCGACCCAUCCGCCGGACAAAAAGCUGUCGAAGAACGAGAUCCUGCGAAUGGCAAUAAGGUACAUCCAGCUCCUCAGCAACGUCUUGGAGUGGCAGAAGAAGCAGGAUCGCAACGGCCUGCAGCAACAGGACGUCAGGAUCAAAUGUGAACCACCAUUUUCCGCUCAUAAUUCAACGAGCUAUCAAUCGAAAUCCAGUGGAUCCUUCUUCAAGCACGAGAAGAUGACCGACACCGCCCAAGGAUGCGAGAUUAAUUUCCACGGGCCAAAGAGUAUCCAGCAUCCAAGUCCUCGCUUGACUUGCGACAAGAAUGGGAACAAUCUGUUGAUGAUCGCCCCCAGUACCGGAAGUGUGAAUUCCUCUACCAAGCGGAACACGUCACCGACAAUGAUGGCGUCGAGGAGCCAUUAUGGGCCAAGUGGUCCAGGAGGCGGAAGCUUGCUUCGCCCUCCAGGAACUCUAUUGAGGUCCUCGGGGGUCUUCCCGAAAUCUCCCCAGAGUACAGGCAAUUCUUUGAGCUGCUCCGUUGUAAAUAGUCCAGUCAAUGGCAGUGGACAAAAGAGGCUCAAGGUGGAGGGAGAGGACGUCGAGGAUGCUGCUGGACGGAACAAGGAAUGCAGAUCUCUCCCCGGAGUCCUGUCUUCGGCUCGAAAAAGAGUCAAGGCGAUCUCCUUUGCCAAAGACGCUGGUGGAGGAUUCCGGAAUGAGUUUAAGAACUGUGAUAGGAAAUAGCGACCUCGCGUGUCCCGCGAUAGUGAUUAUAA